AAACCCUCAACACACCAUCCCGUUCGUUCCAUGGCGCCUACACUCUCAAGCGACAUGACGACGAUGAGGCGUGCCGCCGUCGUCGUCGUAGCGCUCGCUUCUCUCCUGGCCGGCGUGGCGGCCGCCGGCGCGGUCACGUUCAGCGCGACGAACGCCGCGUCGAGCACGGCGGGCGGCAAGCGGUUCGGCCGGGACAUCGGCGUCGCGUACUCGAGGCGAGUGCUCUCGGACGCCUCCUCCUUUUGCUGGAAGACCUUCAGCCAGCCCAACCCCGGCAGCCGCAAGCCCGUCAGCUCCGUCACCCUCGUCGUCGAGGACAUCGGCGGCGUGGCCUUCACCAGCGGCAACGGCAUCCACCUCAGUGCCCAGUACGUCGGCGGCUACUCUGGUGACAUCAAGACAGAGGCGGCUGGGGUGCUGUACCACGAGGUAACGCACGUGUGGCAGUGGGACGGACAGGGCAAGGCGAACGGCGGCCUCAUCGAGGGCAUCGCCGACUACGUCAGGCUGAAGGCCGGGUACGCGCCGGGGCACUGGGGGAAGCCGGGGCAGGGAGACCGGUGGGAUCAGGGGUAUGAUGUGACGGCGAGGUUCCUGGAUUACUGCGACUCGCUGAAGCCGGGCUUCGUCGCGCAGCUCAACGCCAAGAUGAAAGGCGGCUACUCCGACGAUUUCUUUGCGCAGAUUCUGGGGAAGAAUGUGCAGCAGCUGUGGAAGGAUUACAAGGCCAAGUACGGAGGCUGAUGUGUGUUGGUGUAGCUACAAGUGCUAGUGCAUGCGACGAGAAAGAUGGAUCUUUAUCAGCGCAGGCAUCGACUAUCCGAUCAUAUAUAUAUAAUCAAUAAUGCAUGCAUUCACUAAUUUGUACUAUUAGCUUGUAUUGGGGGGAAAAAAGAACUAUAUGAUAUGCUUACAUCAACGUAACAACGUUUACUCAGAGGUCGAAGAGGCUUUGUUCUAAAUGGAACACAAUAAAGCUCCAGGUACUGAACUAUUCUGGAAAGUGAUAAAGGAGGAUUUGAUGCCGUUCUUCGAUUA